CUGGCCUCUUUUACUCCUUACGAUGGGUGCAGCCAAAACAGGAACGAAGAUUUUCGGCGAUUUCCGGUCAAUCCUUUUCUCGCCAUCAUGCUGAAGUUUGCGUCCAGAAGGGUUCUCUCACAAACGCGCCUCUCUCUUCCUGUCUUCCGCUCAUGGUCGACUGCUCCGAGCUUUCCUGAGCAUCAGCAGCCUAACCCAGAAUCACCGUCACCAUCAUCAUCCGGCGCUACGAUCAGCACUGAGCGAAGCUCUGCAGUGAGUCCCCCGACGACGGCCACGACAAGCGCAGACUCAUUUUCGUUGCGCUCCCAAAUACAAUUUCAUCUCCGUACUACACAGGGGAACCCCCUCGCCUCUCUCCCCCCCGAUGACUCAAAAUCCACAUUCAUGAAUAUCCCUCCUCCAGAGGACCCUCUGCUGGAGUUCUUCGCCACCAUGAUCAUGAAACACGGAAAGAAGGCCAAAGCCUCAAAAAUUGUGUCGCGGACGCUUUUGCAUAUACACGCAUACACCCGGGCACCUCCGCUGCCAAUUUUGCGCGAGGCCCUCUUCGCUAUCUCCCCACUGACGAUAUGUUUGCGGGUCAAGACCACAGCUUUGAAGCAUAUCAUGAAGCCGGUGCCGCUGAGUGAGAGGCGGGGUCUGCGUAAAGGGAUAAGCUGGCUGUUGGAGGAGUGUAAGAGACCCGGGCCACUGGCGUUGGACGAGAGACUGGCAAGGGAGAUUAUAGAGAUUUUGAAUGGGACGAGCAAGAUCUUGGCCAAGCGAGACAAUGCCCACAAAGAAGCUAUGCUCAACAAGGCGUAUGUGUUCAGGAGAAGAUAGUACGGUUUCUGUGUACUCUUACUUGAUGUAGUCGCAAUUUCUACCUUUGGAACAUCUUCAGGCCAACAGUUAAAGAGCAAGCUCAUUGGGAGCUCAUUUGAGCGAAGAAACCUUUCAUCAGCCUGACGAGUGGUUUUUCUUUAGGCGGGAUCUAUUUGGAUCCAACAGCACCUAUGACGAUACACCUUUACGAGCUCUGCU